UGGGCUUUCGUUGGUGUAAAGAUUGCACGCGUGGCUUCUUCAGCUCAUUCGAGGCUGUUCGACUUCGCUCCUUCGACGACUUUCCCUUGCUGUCGGAUCGGAAGUUACGACAUUUUGAUCGGAAGCAAGAACGGGAGCUCGCUGGCUGUGAAGGAACUUUCUCCCUUUCGCGCGCUUCUUCGGAUAAAUCCCGUUAAAUCCGACUACCCCUCGGAUUUACUAAAUCCCGGAUUUAAACCGUAAAUCCGUAAAUCUGGGAUUUACCGAAUCCCGGGAUUUAAAGCGCGCACAAAAACUGUUUGGCUGGAUUUAGCGUAAAUCCGACUUAAAUCCCGCUGUAAAUCCGAUACCAAACAGCCCCUUAGUCUAAUCCUUGUAUUCGAGUUGGCUUUCCUCUUUGCUCCUCUGUUUCUUCCUCUUCUGCUUCACUGGUUCGCGUGAGGACGGUGAGGUAGAUCAUCGAAAGAGUCGCUCGCCAUUACCUGUCUAUUGUUUGCUUUUCCUCUUCUGCAUUUAUUUGUUGCUGUUCUGCUUCGCGUGAAGUAGAGUUCUAAAAGAGUCAAGCUUCUCCGCCUCCUCCACGUUGUUCUUGUCGGAUCGGAAGUCGCGCAGGGAGCUCACCGCGAAGCACUCUCUGUUUCAGUUUUGUACCAAAAGGUGAAGUAAUGACGAGUGCCCAAGACGACUUUUGGUGCGUUUGAGCCAGCUUGUUCUAUCAUUAAUUAAUUCGUGCAGGAUCCGGCUGUUCAAAGACCUGUUCAUACUUCUAGCGGAAAGAAUUUGGCAGAAGUAUGAAAUUGAGGACAGUCAGUAGGAAAGUGUAUGACUACAUCCGUUAUGAUCUCAAGGAAAUCGCAUUCCCCUCCUCUUUACCUGAUCCUCCUCAUAUAAAGAAACGCAGAAAGCUUACAUGGAUGGAACGCUGGCUAAUUUUAAAAGAAGCUUCUAGGCUUUAUGCAAUUAGUUGGGUCAGGGAUAUUGGCCCUGAUUUAAGACCUAAUGACUAUAAGAAGAAGAAAAAUGACAAUGGUGAUCAGGGGAAAAAUGCCAGUUCUAAAAAUGAAGAGCCUUCCACGUUGGAGGAUCUUGCAGUGGCAGCACGAGGUGGCAUGGAAACCUUAAGGCCAGCUCUGCAGCGGCUUUACAUGACUCGCGCUUCUGCUUAUAGAGAUGCCCUUAAAAGCUUCAUACAAGGUUAUCAAGAAGGGAUAAAGUCGGUCAUGGAAAAGAACAAAGACACCGACUUGAAGAUGCAAGGUGAUGUUCCUAGAAAAGACACUUGACUCUCUUAUAUUUAUCUUCCUGAGUUCUUGUAAAUAUAAAAACUUAGGCAUUUUCUGGCGAAGUUGUAUUGUGGAUAAGAUUUGUUAAUCACUUCUUCGAUUCAAAAUCCUCUCAAAUCGUUUGUUAAAUCUUUCUUUGACAUCUAUGGAUCUACUCUACCUCUUCCAUUGCUAAUAAAAUUGCAGCAUUUCAAGA